AUGCCAGAGGAAGGACACGGGUGCACUCAUAGAAAUUCCGCUAAUAAGUGGAAAGCGCGAGUUCUGCGAUGGUCUGUUUUCGUCAUUUGCUGGUUCUCAUAUAUUUUUUAUCGCGGCUGUGUGGUUGGGCAGAUGAAGUACGAUCCGAAGAAGGGAAAAAUGGUUAUUAUACCUCGAAACAUUUGGACCAAACGGAUUGCUCUGUGCCUCAAGAUAUUUGCCAUGUUCCUAAAUAAUUUCCUUUUUGAAAGUUUACUGGCUGCGAUUCUUCCGUUGAUUCCACUAAGGGACGGUAGUCCACAAGAUAUAAAUGACCUUCUUUAUAACCUAGAGGGUGCGAUUGCAGUGCAACUAUUGCUUUGGAAUACGGCUCGUCUAUAUUCCUGGCUAAGCAGCUUAUCCUGGAAUCGAUUCUUUGUAACCGCUGUGAACGAUGUGAUCCUUGUGGUAACUCUGGUGGCUGACACUUUUGAACCACACACCUUAGAUGAUCUGCCCCUGCUGAUCCUCUACAUACUUCAGUUGGUCUUCACUCUACUGCAGAUUUUUAGUUACAGUUAUGUGAUAUCGUUGUUAAACAUCCUGCUCCUAGAGUUGUUUUAUAACGUAUAUGUGGCCUAUCAGUUCCUGCUGCUUUCUUGUAUUGCUGCUUUUAAUCGCUUUUUGGAGAGCUACUUGCAGAAUCAAACACCGAGUAGAACGCAACGACUGCAGCUUAUCCAGCUAUAUCGAUUGUAUGCCAAAAUCAGCAACGGACACCAGGACAUCAAAGUUCUGUGGCUUCCAGUGGCCAGCAUGCUUUUCUCCAACAUUGUAGAGCUAGUGGUCCAUUGGUCUUCCAUCAUCGGCUGCAUUUUGUUUAGUCACCACCUGAAUUUAGUUGAAAAGUGGGGUUUUAUAUUCUGGAAACACCUGGGCCCAGGAUUGGCGCCCUUGUUGAGGAUUCUAUUCGUUGGACUAUGCAACGAUCGGUUGCAGCAGAUGCUGAACUUCCUGAACUUGCAGCUCUUGAUCGUCAAUUUAAACCAACCCAACUACAAUGAACUGGAGGAGAAAUUUUAUUACGAAAUCAAGAAGAUGCAAACCUGCUUUGACUUACAGUUAAGGGCACAACCCAUUAGAAAUCAGAUAAUGAGUGAUCAUCAAGUUUGCGGCUGCGCUUUUGUCUUGGAUUUCUUCUUCUGUACCAUUCUGAAUUCCGUAAGCACCGUUCAGUACGAAAUUGCAAAUGGCACAACGCUAAAUUAA